AUGGAUGAUAAAGAAGGUCCUAUAUUAUACGUGCUUGUAGUAGGAUUUCAUCACAAGAAAGGUUGUCAGGUGGAAUAUUCUUUUCCUGAGCUGGUUCCAGGCCACCCUAAUGAAUGUCCUGCUGGAUGGAAGUACUUGCCGACGUUAGCAUUGCCAGAUGGAUCUCACAAUUAUAAUGAAGACACUGUGUAUUUCCUUUUGCCAAGUCUCACAAAACCAAUGCAAACUAUUUAUGGGAUUUCUUGUUUUAGGCAAAUACCAGUGGAGAAAUUGAAAAAUAAAACUGCUGAUAUAACUAGGGGUACUGUUCAGAAGUCAGUAUGUGUGCUUAGUAAAAUACCACUGUUUGGACAAAUUCAAGUCAAGAUGUGUCUCAUUACCCAUGCCUACUUUGAAGAAGGUGACUUCAGUAAAGUUUCUAUAUUGAAAGACACUUACUAUCAUCUAAAUGCUGUGAUGCUCCAAAGUGAUACCAUACAACAAACAUUUGUGGGAUUAUCUGCUAGAGAUUUCAUUUUACAAUGGAAACACAAGGCAAUAUUGCUUUUUAAACUUCUACUUCUUGAAAAACGAGUCAUUUUCUUCAAAUCCCCUGUUCAUCCUCUCUGUACAACAAUAUUAACUCUCAUUUCCCUGUUUCCUGAAAUGAUAGAAUCAGGUUUACAUCAAUCAGCUUGUAUAAGGUUAUCAAGACCUAUGUCUCCAAUGCCAGAAUACUCUGAUGAAGAUGGGAGUCCUAUAAAAAGGAGGAUAUCCAUGAAUGGAGUAUCAUGCACAAAUAACACAGUCUCAGAAAAAGAGCAAGUUCUGAACACUGUAGGAGGUGAGGAUGAUAAUAUGUCAGGAGAUCCCAAGAAUGCUGCUAGUGGUUUAAAGGUCUCUAAAGAUUUGGAACAACAAACUGGGGAUUCUGAACAAACUGAUGAUUCAACAGAAGUAGGAUUUGAGAUUACAGAAACCAAUGAUAAUCAUAAUAUAUUAAAUAACAGGGAAAAUCCUCCUGAAGGGUCCAUUUCCAAUAUAGGUGAAAAAAACAGUAGCCUUAGGAGAGAUAUCAGCUCUGAUACAAUCUCAGAUUUAGUUCAAAACAAUAUAUCUUACCUCACACAUCUAAAUUUUGAAAGCUGUGGAUUUCCUCUUGCUAUCUUCACAAAAGGUUCCUUGUGCUUACCAUACCUUUCUCUGCCAUAUAUGGAUCUUUUGACUGAUAUGAAUGUUAGAAGUUAUGUAGUUGGAGCCACAAAUGUUUUAUUCAAGCAGAAAAGGCAGCUUUAUGACAUUUUAGUGGAUAUAGAUGGUGGUAGAAUUGAAUGCCAGGAUUUAAAUUUGAGGAAGCAUCUGCAUUUGAAUACUGAAGAUUUGAGGUUUGCUGAUUAUAUUGUAAAACAUGUCUCAGAAGAACGACAUGAUGUAUUUCUAGAUGGAGUAGGUUGGGAAGGGGGUGAUGAAUGGAUCAGGGCACAAUUCAGGGUUUACUUAUUAUGUCUGCUUAGGACUUCAAUGCUCCAAGAUGGUGCUAGAGAAAUAGAUCAUUUCAAUUCAAGUUUCAUAACUAGUUGGAGAGAAACUCACAACUAUAAGAACUGGCUAGCUGGUAUCAAUCCAGGAAUUCUGGAUGUUCAUCCAGGACAUCCAUUUGCUGGACAGUUAUCAGUUGCUGACAUGAAAUUACGGUUAACACAUACAAUGCAAAAUACCGAAAGUGGCAGGAAAUUGAAUCAAGCUAUGGCAUCUACUGGAAAAGCUGUAGCAACUACUAGCAAAGCUGUGGGUGGGGCCCUCACUCAAGCAAAGGGGGCUUUCAGUAGCUGGUGGAGUAAUUUUAUGGUGAGCCCUGAACAAGGCCAAAAAAUUUCAGAAACUCAAGCUGAAGAGGCCAGUAGCAGUAAUUCGACUGAUAUAGCUGACAUUCCCAAUAGUAUUAGUAGUGAUCAAGAACAUGUAGAUAAUGAUGUUUGUAAUGGAGUUGCUGUGAGUAAAGAAGGGUGUAAGGUGAUUGGUGAUUCUCAAUUGAACAAUAUGCACCAACCUGGAAAGGUACACACUGUGUAA